AUGGCCGGCAUGGAAAACGGCGUCUUCCGCCACGACAACAUGGGCAUCCCCGACGGCGACCGCGUCCUGCCCCUCUUCUCGCUCAAGGGCCGGACCGCCAUCGUCUCGGGCGCCGGCGCCGGCAUCGGGCUCGGCGUCGCCCAGGCCCUCGCCGAGGCCGGCGCCAACGUGGCCAUCUGGUACAACAGCAACAAGCAGGCCAUCGCCGAGGCCGAGGCCAUUGAGAAGACGUACGGCGUCAAGUGCAAGGCGUACCAGGUCAACGUCAUUUCAGCCGACGACGUCGACCGGGCCAUCAACGACAUCGUCGGCCACUUCAACGGCCGCCUCGACAUCUUUGUGGCCAACUCGGGCAUCGCCUGGUCCGACGGCGCCUUCAUCGACGGCCCCGCCGAGACGGCCGCAAAGGUCAUGGCCGUCAAUGUCGACGGCGUCAUGUGGUGCGCCAAGAGCGCCGGCGCCCACUUCCGGCGCCAGAAGAAGGACGGCACCACGCUCCACGGCAAGCCCCUGGACAACUACAUUGCCGGCAGCUUCAUCGCCACGGCCUCCAUCAGCGGCAGCAUCGUCAAUAUUCCCCAGAUGCAGGCCGUCUACAACGGCUCCAAGGCGGCCGUCAUUCAGUUCUGCAAGAGUCUGGCCGUCGAGUGGACGGGCUUUGCUCGCGUCAACACCGUCUCGCCCGGCUACAUCGUGACCGACCUCAUCAACUUUGCGCAGCCCGAGACGGUCAAGCAGUGGAAGGACAAGAUUGUCAUGGGACGAGCGGGCCUCGUCAAGGAGCUCAAGGGCUCGUACCUGUACCUCGCGAGCGACGCAUCUUCGUACACGACAGGCCUAAACAUGAUUGUCGACGGCGGCUACACCCUGCCAUGA